AAUCGCCUCUGCCUCAGGUUCAGCUUCAAGGAGUUCCAGGAAAAGGAUGGACUGGCCCCAUUCCUGCUUUUCCCUUUGCUGGAUUUUGUGGGCAGCCUCAAGACUGAGAGUCAUAGAGGCAGCAGAAGGAAAAUAUGCUCAAAAGCUAUUUAAUGACCUUUUUGAAGAUUACUCCAAUGCCCUGAGACCAGUGGAAGAUACAGACAAAGUACUAAAUGUCACUCUGCAGAUUACACUCUCCCAAAUUAAAGAUAUGGAUGAGAGAAACCAAAUUUUGACAGCCUAUCUGUGGAUUCGCCAAAUCUGGUAUGAUGCAUAUCUCAAGUGGGAUAGAGACCAGUAUGAUGGGCUAGACACCAUCAGGAUCCCCAGUGACUUAGUAUGGAGGCCGGAUAUUGUUCUUUAUAACAAAGCUGAUGAUGAAUCCUCAGAGCCAGUGAAUACAAAUGUGGUCCUCAGAUAUGAUGGUCUUAUUACUUGGGAUUCCCCAGCUAUAACCAAGAGUUCCUGUGUAGUUGAUGUAUCUUAUUUCCCUUUUGAUGAUCAGCAGUGCAACUUGACCUUUGGUUCCUGGACCUAUAAUGGUAAUCAAGUGGAUAUAUUUAAUGCAUUGGAUAGUGGAGACCUCUCUGAUUUCAUUGAAGAUGUGGAGUGGGAAAUCCAUGGAAUGCCUGCUGUAAAGAAUGUGAUCACUUAUGGGUGCUGCUCUGAGCCUUACCCAGACAUAACCUUUACACUUAUUCUGAAGAGGAAGUCAUCUUUCUAUAUCGUUAACUUGUUGAUCCCAUGCGUGCUAAUAUCAUUUUUAGCCCCAUUGAGUUUUUACCUCCCAGCAGCCUCUGGUGAAAAAGUGUCCCUGGGAGUCACUGUCCUCUUGGCCAUGACUGUAUUUCAAUUAAUGGUUGCAGAGAUCAUGCCUCCUUCUGAGAACGUACCUCUGAUAGGCAAAUACUACAUCGCAACAAUGGCUCUGAUAACAGCAUCGACUGCACUGACCAUCAUGGUGAUGAAUAUCCACUUCUGCGGUGCUGAAGCCAAGCCAGUACCCCAGUGGGCAAGGGUAGUCAUCUUGAAGUACAUGUCCAAGAUCUUAUUUGUUUAUGAUGUUGGAGAACGUUGUGCCAGCCCACGCCAUAGCAAAGAACAAGAACAUCACCAGAAGGACGGCAAACUCCCAGAGCUGCGUCGGAAAGGACCCAGAAACAGAGACAAUAACAUUUCGAGAAAGAAGGAAAUCAACGGACUUUUAAAUAAUGACUUGGGAACCCAGGGUGAGAAUCCCAAAGAGGCUGACAGUUACUGUGCCCGGUACAUGGCUCUGACGAGGAAUAUUGAGUACAUUGCUAAGUGCCUCAAAGAUCACCGGACCAAUAAUGCAAAAGGAAUCGAAUGGAAGAAGGUAGCAAAAGUGAUCGACAGAUUCUUCAUGUGGAUUUUUUUCAUCAUGGUGUUUGCUAUGAGUAUUUUGAUUAUAGCUAAAGCAUAAUCCGUGAGGUUGAAAGAAUGCUAGAUCUGGGAGUCACAGAACAUGAUUUUGAAUCUUGACUAUGCUACUUACUCCUUGUGUUUUGUAGGGUAAGUCAUUCACCACUCUGGGGAUCAGUUUCCUCAUUUAUAAAUUGUAGAGGUGGGGAAGCUUUGAGGAGACAGUCUACAAUGAAAGGAGCACCAUCACCAGAAUGGGAGUCAUAACACUUAGGUUCCAAGCCCCAUACUCCGUCGUUCAUUGUGUGACCUUGAGCACAUCACUGCCUCCUUCUUUGGGCCUUGGCUUCCUCUUGUGUAAAUUGACAGGAUUAGACUUCAUAAUAGCUAAAGUUCUUUUGCACUCUAAAUGAAUAAUUCCAUGACUCUUCCAGCUCUGAACCAUUUUCAUAAGCCAGAUAUUAAGAUUUUCUCUAUCAUGUAAAUGAGGGUCAAUAUUAUUUAAAACACAUAUAUCACACCUGCAUGUAUGCGCAUGCCCAAACACACACACACACACACACACACACACACACACACACGGCCUCAAACAAGGUCUAAAAUAUAUCAAUGCAUUCUAGAUAAAAACAAAACGAGAUCUUAGACUUCAAUUCUAAUUAUAAGCUUUUUCUCUGCUAAAGGCAUUUCUGACACUUGCUAGCAGGUAAAAGGGGCAUUUUUUUUUUUGGUAGAGAGGGAAGAUGACCUUUGAACCUUGCUAUACAAAGAUUAAUUAAAGAUUACCAUGAGAACCACCCCAAAAUGGGGCUAUAUCAAGUCUGCAGGCUCCCUACCACUCCAGCAGGGGCCAGAUGACCAUUUAGGUGGGAUAAUGUAAACAGGAUUCAUAAUUUGGGCAGGCCAUUGACUCAUUGACCUCUUGGAUUCCUUUCAAUUCUGAGAUUCUAUAAUUGCGUAUAUAAAAAUGGAAAAGAAAGUGUAGAAUUUACUUCCCUUUAAGAACCCCUUGAAGACCAAGAGCUCCUCUUUUGCAUGGUUUAAAUAGGGCUUACACCAUAACAUGUACUCAAAAAGCAUAAAUUUAUGUUAUCUGACUUAUGUGGGUAAAUCGGGCUGUUUUACAAAAGGUAAUAAUACUAUCUAUAUACACACAAAAUUCGUUGACACACCAACCUAUCCCCUUCUUCUUUCUUGGGAUACCCAUGCAUGCAUUUUUCCUUCUGCUUUCUGGGCAUGUGGACAACCAGAUGCAGCUUAAGCAAUCCUACCCGAUAGUCUUAGCUUAGACAUUCCAAGAUUGCUAGGUGGGGCCUUCUUGUGAAUUGCAGCAGCUGCCACCAUAGAACCACAGAACUUGACAGGGGAAGCUAUUUCCCUCUAAUCCGUGACUCUUAUUGGUUUAUACCUUUAGCCUAGGACAGUGGUAUCAAGCUUUUUGAAGUCAUAGAACCAUACAUAUUUAUCCUAAAAUCUUGAUCAAGUGGUAACAUUUUAAUGCUAUAUUAAGCCCUUGGUUCUUUAACAGACAAGUUCAAGCUCUACCAUGCUAGAAAAGG